AUGGCAGUUCGUGCCCAAAGAUUUCAUGCCUGGACUUUCAACCAAGGGAAACCUAUCCGCUCCCAGAUGUUUGACCUGAUAAAUCUUGCUAGAAAGUGGUUACAACCAGAAAUAAAUACGGCAAGCCACAUCAUGGAACUUCUUGUGAUGGACAGAUUCCUGCAGGGCUUGCCUGCUUCACUGUGUCGAUGGGUCAGUCAGAGUGAUCCACAAUCAGCAGAUGAGUUAAUUGGUUUGGUGGAAAGAUAUGUUGCUGCGGAUGACAGACAGUGGCUUAGCAACACAAAGUCUAUGCAGAGAGUUAAGACUCCAGCUGCUGAAAGACCUGGUAAGAUUUUUCAAGGUUUCAGAGACACAGAGGAACAAGAGACAUAUUCUCAGAGACCCCAUACGCCUUUGCCUAGAAAUGUUAAUCCUGGAAAAGGGGCUAGGUGGGGGACAGUUGAUAAUAUUAAAUGUUUCCGGUGUAAUGAACCUGGACAUAAAGCUAGAGACUGUCCCAUGAUUAAUGAACCUAUGCAAUGCAAUAUGAUUAAUCAGGAUGUACAAUUGUCUUGUUUGCUGAAUUAUAUGGAAUCUGCUGUUGCCAACUGUAGUCACAAUCCGCAGAUAUGUUCCAUAAGGGUGAAUGGCAAAGAGGUUAGAGCUCUACUAGACUCCGGAAGUAUGGCGACAUUGAUAACAAAAUGCCUUGUACCUGAACGCGAUAUUGAUGCAUUUCAGAAAAUUGGUAUAAUUUGUGUUCAUGGUGACAAACGUGAAUAUCCUACAGUUUUGCUAAAAUUUGAAAGCCUUUUUGGUACUGUGAAUCAUAGAGUGGGGGUGGUGGAUAAAUUGGCUUAUGAUGUGGUGUUGGGAAGGGAUUUCCCCCAAUUUUUAGACUUGUGGGGGUCGCCAGGAAAAAAUAACUCAUGAUUGUAUAGCAAAUGAUGAUGAUUCUGGAAAUGUGUUCCCUUUUUCUGACAUAGAAUGGGAAGGACUAGGCAUAAGACCAGAGAAGGCUGAAGCCUCAAGUCACAGGCCAGCUUUAGUAGGAG